GCCAGAUGGCCCCCAGCACCUCACACAUUCACACACACACACACACUCACACUUAGAUCCUCCCUCCUCCAGCUCCACCGCCCCACCAUGGCUGCCUCCACCCUGUCCGUCUGCUCCAGCGACCUCAGCUAUGGCAGCCGGGUCUGCCAGCCCGGUGCCUGGGACUCCUGCCCCGACUCCUCCUGGCAGGUGGACGACGGCCCAGAGAGCUGCUGCGAGCCCCCCUGCUGUGCCCCCAGCUGCUGCGUCCCGGCCCCCUGCCUGAGCCUCAUCUGCACCAGCUGUGUGUGCAGCCCCUGCCAGUCAGCCUGCACCAGCUCCUGCACACCCUCAUGCUGCCAGCAGUCUAGCUGCCAGCCCUCCUGCUGUGCCUCCUCCCCCUGCCAGCAGGCCUGCUGCGUGCCCGUCUCCUGCACCCCUGUCUGCUGCACCCCUGUCUGCUGCAAGCCCGUGUGCUGUGUGUCUGUCUGCUCUGGGGCCUCCCCCUGCUCAGACUCCUCAUGCUGCCAGCAGUCUAGCUGCCAGCCCUCCUGCUGCACCUCCUCCCCCUGCCAGCAGGCCUGCUGCGUGCCCGUCUCCUGCACACCCGUCUGCUCCAAGGCAACCCCCUGCCCAGCCCCCUCGUGCUGCCAGCCCAGCCCCUGCCCCCCGUCCUGCUGCAAACCCUCCUCCUGCGUGUCCCUCAUCUGCCGCCCCGUGUGCAGGUCUGCCUGCUGCGUGCCCGUCCCCUCCUGCUGCGGCCCCGCCUCCUGCCAGCCCAGCUGCUGCCGCCCGGCCUCCUGCGUGUCCCUGCUCUGCCGCCCAACGUGCAGACCCUCUUCCUGCGUGUCCCUGCUCUGCCGCCCCACGUGCUCCCGCGUGGCCUGCUGCAGCCCCGCCUCAGCCCAGAAGUCCUGCUACUGACCAGGCACGUCCCCCAGGGCCAGCCGGGCCCCAGGUCCCACCCCCCGACUGUGGUCCUCUCAGCCCCCUCAGUCCUGUCCUGACCUGUUAGGUGGCUGCCCCCACCCAGGACAGGGUGAGGUCCCCUCUGGAGGCUGACUGCCACAUCCUGAAGUGCUCCAGCACUCAGACCAUUUCCUAGAGCCCGAGGUCCAGUCUGCUGUUGAGUUGGAUGCUGUGGAAGACCGGGACGUCCAUACUCAAUGCUGUGGCCCUUGAGGGGGCUCCUAGGAAGUCCUCAUGGCAGUGGCCCCCGCUCCAUAUCUACCACCCCUCAGAGUCAGCUCCGCCUCCAUCUACGGUGUCUCUGUCCCCUCAGCUCCGUGACCCUGAGCCUUCUCUGGACGCACGUCAGCAAAGUGACCAAUAAACGCCCGUGACUCUGAGUGA